CCUCAACACUCACAGCAUCACAGAGAGCUUCGUACGGGCAACACACCGACUACAUAGACAAGGUACACAGUCUCUGAAGUCUCUGCCAGUGCCAUGCCUCCUCGUAGAGCCGCGGCUGCGCAGGCGAAGCGGCGCUUCGCCGAGGCUGAAACUGACAGCGACCCGAGCGAAGGAGCUGAGAGCGACAGUGGAGAGUCAAGCGCAUCCCACUCAGCGUAUACCGAGGAGGGAGAGGAUGCAGAAGAAGAAGAUGAAGAGCUAGGGGCGUCGUCCGAGGGCGCUGACGAGGAUGAGGAGGAUACCCCACCAGCCGCAAAGCGGAAGAGAGGAGCUGCAGUCGGUGGCAGGAAGAGUGCGGGAGGAAGGAGUACCUCGUCACAGACUGCUACGCCUGUCAAGAGGAUGAAAGCGGCCCCUGGCCUGGUCGGAUCGAAUGGCAAAGGGCGAAGCGGCGCCCUGAAGCGCAAACAGGACUCAGAUGAGGAGGAAGAGGAGGACGGUAGUUCGGUGGACGGAGACGGUGUACUGCAGGUGACCAAGCUAGCUCCUGCGCCCAGUCAAAAGCAUCAAGCUGGAAAGGUUGGCUUUCCCGUCAUUGACUUCCUGGCUCACCUGGCGAAUCCCGUCUACAAUGAUCGGGAGUGGUUCCACGCCCACGAGAAGGUCUGGAAAUGGGUCAAGGAAGACUGGGAUUCCUUUGUGAGCAACUUCCUCGAGACCCUUAUGGACGAUGUGGAUGAGACAGUCCCAUUCUUGCCAGCGAAGGACAUGGUGUAUCGCAUCCAUCGAGAUAUCCGCUUCUCGAAUGACAAGACGCCCUACAAGCGUACGUUAAUGGCUACCUUCUCGAGGGGAGGCCGCAAGGGUCCUUAUGCCGGCUACCAUCUUGUCGUUCGAGCCAAUGGUCAGACGGGCUUCCAUGCUGGCUUGUGGGAUCCUCCAGCUCCUCUGGUCAAUCAGAUCCGCGAGCACAUCAAAAACGACACCCAGGAGUUCAGGAGACUCAAGCAAGUCUUGAGCACCAAGGAGUUUGUGCGUACGUUCGGUGCUCCCAAGCCUGAUCCCAAGAAAGGAGUGCAGGGUUCCCUCUGGGGCUCACGAGACCAGCUCAAGAGUGCUCCCAAGGGCGUAGACAAGAGCCAUCCAGAGAUCCACUACCUGAGACUGAAGAGCAUGUGCAUCUCUGUCAACUUCACCGAUCUUGAGGUGACAAAUGAUGAUCCGAAGAAGCCGGGCGACUUCAAGACGAAGUGCAUCGAGGCUGGAAAGGUAGCAAAGGACUUUGUUGAGGUGCUGAAUGAAAUGAUGUAUCCCUCGCCAGAUUGACGGGGCACGAACAGAGGGGACAGGAGAAGUGCGAAUGGCAGAGAGGAGAUGGUGACGGGGAGAACGAAAUCGUAGCUCUUGUGACGGAGAAGGUGAGGGGAGAGGAGGAGGGAUGGUGGAUGGCCAGUCCAACCUCGCUACCAAUGACGCCCGCGUACGAAUAUCCUGCCGCCCACCGCGCCGAGCAUCCAUUUGCCAGGCACAGGCGCUUUUGUGCUGUCCUCAUCGUCGCCUCUCACUAUACCAGCGUAUCAGACGUACUGUAAUUGCAUUCAAUAUUUGACAUUG